AUGGCUCCGUUCUUCUUCUCCACCCCCGUCGACAUCGACAUCGUCCUGGAAGAUAGCGAUGAGCGGCAGACCGUCGAUGUCAAGCUCGACAAGGGCCGUCGAGAGAAGUGCCCCCUUUACUUGGAUGGAGAGUCGGUCAAGGGCGCGGUGACCGUUCGCCCCAAGGAUGGGAAGCGGUUAGAGCACACGGGGAUCAAGGUGCAAUUCAUCGGGUCGAUUGAGAUGUUCUACGACCGCGGUAAUCACUACGAAUUCCUCUCCCUUGUGCAGGAGCUCGCCGCUCCUGGAGAACUGCAACACCCGCAGACUUUCCCUUUCAAUUUUAAGAAUGUCGAGAAACAGUACGAGUCCUACAAUGGUAUCAACGUGAAGCUGCGAUACUUCGUGCGGGUCACGGUCUCGCGGCGCAUGGCAGAUGUCAUCCGGGAAAAGGACAUUUGGGUCUAUUCGUAUCGCAUGCCGCCCGAGACCAACAGCCCAAUCAAGAUGGAUGUCGGAAUCGAGGACUGCCUGCACAUUGAAUUCGAGUAUUCGAAGUCGAAAUACCACCUCAAGGACGUCAUUGUCGGUCGAAUAUAUUUUCUGCUGGUGCGGCUGAAGAUCAAACACAUGGAGCUGUCCAUCAUCCGACGGGAAACGACAGGCGUGGCCCCCAACCAGUAUAACGAAAGUGAAACAUUGGUGAGAUUUGAGAUUAUGGACGGGUCUCCGUCGCGAGGUGAAACGAUUCCUAUUCGGCUGUUCCUCGGUGGAUUCGAUCUAACCCCGACCUUCCGCGACGUGAACAAAAAGUACUCGACGCGAUACUACCUCAGCCUAGUGCUGAUCGACGAAGAUGCCCGUCGCUAUUUCAAGCAAUCUGAGAUCGUCCUAUAUCGUCAGGCACCCGAGAUCGCAGCAACACCUCAGGUUGCCCAACAGCAGCAAAUCCAGCAACAACAAACCCAGCAAGGCGCAGUGGGGGCUAAGAACUCUCAGCAUCAUCAAGCGCAACAGCAAGCCGUGGCUGCUGGUCCUGCAUAA